UCCCGGUCUUAACGAAGACACAAUUCGUACACCGGAGAAAUAACACAGAAAAAGUCCGUGUUUUACUACUGGGGCAUGCUCGUAGUGGCUCUACUUUAGUAGGACAUCUCCUCCAGAGUCAGCCAACCUCAUUUUACCACUUCGAACCUCUGUAUAGUUAUAGGCACAAACUGGAGGCACUGCGUGAGCCACCAGAUCAGAGUUUUCUCAAGGAUCUACUCACGUGCAGCUUCGCAGGCAGAGAGACCUAUCUUAGGAUGAUUCAAAAUAAUUUAGGUCAGAUGUCAUACCAAUUCAAUAUACAAUACGUGAAUAUGUGCAGGAAAGGGGAGGAUAUCAGGCCAUGCUUUAGAUCAGCAACAAUAAGUCGUUUCUGUAAAAAACAGACUUUUCACAUCAUUAAAACAAUUCGACUCUCUUUAAAAAACGCCAUCGAAUUUUCUCGAAACAAUCCAGAUCUGGAUCUGAAAAUCAUCUACCUUGUCCGAGACCCACGUGCCAUAAUAAACUCACGCUGGUACGGAGUGGCGUCUCGGUGGUGUCGAGAGGCCAGUAUUUGCUUUUCUUUGAAGACGUUUUGCCAGAAUUUUAUAGAAGAUUUAGAAGAAAUAUGCAACUUAAAAUUUGUAGAUAAACAAAACUUUUUAUUCUUACGUUAUGAAGACUUAGUUCAUCGUUCUUAUGAAACAACACUUCGAAUUUUUAAGUUUCUUGGUUUCGAAAAGCUUUCUAAUGAGACUGCGUACUUCAUAAAGAAACACAUACAACGCCACCCUAACAAAAGCGUGAAGAAGGCUACAAUGUGGCUGAAAUCUAUGAGCGUUAGUGACGUUCUUUCAGUUGAACAGCAGUGCUCGGGUGUUUUCAAUAAACUGCAGUAUCCCCAGCUUGGCAAAUACGGAUACAAGUUGAACAUUUCCAAGACAUACCAAGAACUGGAACAUUCUAUUUUGUGUUAA